GGUCUCUAAGUAGCAAAACAACCGCUGUGAUGACGACAGCACAACUGUACUCAGGAAGAGCACAUUUCAAACCUUCAGGAAAGACGUGCUUCUCACAGGUCAUUCGAUGCACCCUGGUGCCCAGACUGUUUUCCGAGAGCGCAUCUGCUGUGCAUGCCAUGCCAAAUUUGGGGGCCACCUGCCUGUGCCCCUGGCUGAGGCAGCACUACCUUACUGGGUCCCUCUGUCCCUGAGGCCCCAGAAGCAGAUCCCAAAGAUGGCACGGUUUAAUGUCCCCAAAGCCACCAAGAUAUGCCUCUGCCUAUGCCACAGCUUUGGGGGCUGCCUCCCGAUGCCUAGGGGUCAGGCUGUGAUGCCCUACUGGGUGCCCCGGGCACUGAGGUCAUGGAAGAAGGUAAGAAGGAGGCUCACAGGACAGCGAGGGCUGAGUGGGGGGUGCAAGGUGAAGGGGCACAAGGGGGCCUGGCCUCCUCCUUACAGGACUCAAAACACAUGCCAUGAGGCCCGUCACCACUCGGGAAACAACAAAUCAUCGGGCUUUGUCCUUCUCAUCUGGCAUGGACCCCACAUCACACGGUCCCUCCAGUCCUUGCCCCAGGCUGGCGUCUUUCCCUGUCCUCACACCCCCUCCUGCCCCCUAGAGCGCCCCCUGGAGUCAUGUUCCUGGCAUAGGCGCUGGCGGAUCUGUGGCGACAGGCGCCUCCUGCUCAAGUGGCAGCACCUCCAGGCUCUUCACCAGGACAAGCCGCUGGCUCUAGGGCGGGCAGUCCACCCCCGGGCCCCGCUCCUGCCCUUCAGCCUUCUGAUUCUUCUGCAGGCCAUCCUGAGGGCCAUCAUGGCCAUUCGCCAGUUUUUUGGGGUUUGAAGCUGGAAUUUUCAGCUACUGUCAAGAACAUCAAUGAAAGUGUUCUUCACAAUCAAGAUCUUCGCCAAAUCGCC